AUGGUGGACUGGCAGGUCGUGGUGAUCAACGGAUGGCGCCAUCCCCUGGGCCUCUUGGCAGCCAUCAUAGCCAAGCAAGUCCUCUUGGGGCCGAAGGUGGUCCUGGUUCACUGCAAAGGAAUCAACAUCUCAGGAAACUUCGACCGGAACAAGCUGAAAUACCUGGCCUUCCUCCGAAAGCGAAUGAACACAAACCCUUCAAGAGGCCCUUAUCACUUCAGAGCCCCCAGGUGCAUUUUCUGGAGGACUGUUAGAGGAAUGUUUCCCCACAAGACCAAACGUGGUCAGGCUGCCUUGGAAGGCCUUAAGGUGUUCGAUGGCAUUUCCCCACCCCAUGACAAGCGGAAACAUAUGGUUGUCCUAGCUGCUCUCAAAGUGGUCAGACUGAAGCCAACAAGAAAGUUUGCUUAUCUAGGGCGCCUGGCCAAUGAGGUUGGCUGGAAGUGUCAGGCAGUGACUGCUACUUUGGAAGAGAAGAGGAAGGAGAAAGCUAAGAUCCAUUAUAGAAAGAAAAAGCUCAUGAAACUAUGCAAGUAA